AUGGCCACCGCACGCGAUAUACCCGUCCUCAUCACAUCCAGCGCCUCUUCUUCAGAGCGCCGCAUCACCCCGUCUUGGACAAUUGCACAUCUCAAAACCAAGCUAGAGCCUGUAACCGGCAUUGCACCCUCGUCCCAAAAGCUUACCCUGCGGCUGCCGGACCAGCAGCGAGAGAUUCCGAUUGAAGCUGAGGAUGAGGACGGUGUUGAGGUCGGCAGGUGGCCCUUGGUCCCCUAUGCCGAGAUAAAGGUCACAUCUCUCAACCCGAACCCCAUCUCCGCACUACCCCCGCUCUCCUCAGUGCCCAAAUAUGAGAUGCCCGAAUCCAAGUACGAGGCCCUCCCCGACACGGUCCGCGCCUACAAGAAGGACCACCGAAUCGGCCGCUUCGACCCGGCCGCGCCGGAGAUCCAAGAACGGAAGGUCCGAGAGAUGUGGAACGAGGUCGAAGAGAGGGACAUCACGCCCCCCUCGCGCUGCCGCCUCUCCGGCUCGUCCACCAAGCGGGGCACCGUCUCCUUCGUCGGCCCCAUCCCCACCCUGCCAGGGCCCCCCGGCGCGCCCUGGAUCGGCAUCACGCUCGACGAGCCUGUCGGCAAGAACGAUGGCAGCGUCCCCUCCGGCGAGCGGUAUUUCCAGUGCGGGAAGAACAGGGGUGUCUUCGUCAGAGCGGAGAGGGUGGAGGUGGGAGAUUUUCCGGAGUUGGGGCUGGAGGCUGAGGGGAGUGACAUGGAGGAGAUAUGA